CCCCAUCGAAAUUGACGUUUAGUAAAGCGCGAUUUGUCUCGGUAAUAUAUUCUGCGCGUUAAUAACUUCUCGGACGUUACGCAUGUGACUGAAAUGAAAUCCAUGUACACUUCGUAUAUAUCGCAGUGAUAAGCGCAAUCACGGAGAGACAUGUAUAAACGGUAGCGAUAUGCGUUAUUCGACGGUAUCCGUUCGUCCAUCGAUAAAUCGUCAUCGUCGUGACUAAUCCGAAUCGUCGAAGAGGAAUCACGUCUAUGUUUGGAAACGAUCGAAACAGGUUGUGAUCUGGUGCGAAAUGGCGAUCACCGCCGUAGCCAGUUGCCUGGGUCCCCCGCUGCCGCCCGGGAAGCGAUCCCUGCGAAGGGGCUCUCCCGCGAGGAAGUUGUCGUCCACCUACAGGAGCUUCCGGGAUCCCGCCGUGGAGGCUUGGCUCCUCCAUGGGGCUCCGGACGAUCCGAUACCGCGCGAGAAGAUCACCGCCAUUAAUCAAGGAACGGGUCUCUUCAGAAGCUGCUCCGAGGGCAACUUGCGGGCGCGCGAAACGACAAGGGUCUCGCUGCCGAGCAAUACGCCCCUGGACAAAUGCAUCAAGGCAAUUUACGGCAGUUGGAAAAAUCUUCUGUACCUUGGCGGUAUGAGCCGGCCGUCCAAAGCCGUGACUCAAGCGAAGAAAGUAGCACCACCGGCUGUACCAGACGUGUUUCGACACUCGGGCUCCUCUUUUGGCUCGGCUGGAUAUGCUAGCAGCGAGGAUAGCUGCUUCCUCCCCGGAAGCGGCCCCGGAGGUACGACGGACGAUGGUUCCUACGGGAUGCCAUCUGGAAAAAGUCCGGGACCUAUUUUUACCCAUCCUGGCUUCGCCUUCCCGCCGGUGAUCGGCAAAUAUGCCCACGCCGAAGAUCAAGGUAUUGAUAUGACCCAGAGUCCCGGCAGGGACAGUCCUGGUAGUUCUGGAUCAGGUUCCGGUUCUAGACAUUCUACGGCAUCGUUGGAUUCUGGAAGAGCGUCCGGAUAUCAUUUGGGACCCAGAGGACCCGGUGCUCUUGCCUCGUCUCCCAGAUGCUCCAUCAGUUCCCUCGGAAGUCAUCCUGACCGACCGGCGGACCUCGAUGUCGUCCAUGCUUGGUUAACCGAACUCCAAUUUGAGGAGUAUUUCCCUUUGUUCGCUUCCGCAGGUUACGACCUUGCUACUAUAACGCGCAUGACACCAGAGGAUCUCACAGCUAUAGGUAUUAAAAAACCCAAUCAUAGAAAGCGGCUGAAAGCGGAGAUAGACAAUUUGAAUAUAGGAGAUGGAUUGCCGGAACAUGUACCUGGAUCGCUGGAAGAAUGGCUCAGACUUCUUAGGCUCGAGGAAUAUCUUGGUGCUCUUCAUCAGCAGGGCAUGCGUUCUGUCGAGGACGUGACAACCCUUACUUGGGAGGACCUUGAGGACAUUGGUAUCGUACGCUUAGGACAUCAGAAGAAAUUAUUACUGGCGAUUAAGAGAGUUAAGGAUAUACGUGCCGGCAAACGUAUACAACCGCUUGAUCUUGCCCGUUUACCGCCACAUCCUGGACACACGCAGGACGUUGUUAUUCAACGAGGUGGGCCUGAUCUGCCAUCACCCGACGAGGAUUGUUCUUCCCCUGUCCUCAGAUCGUUUCAAAGAGGUGGGAGCGAUACGACUUGCAGUGCUACUUGGAGAAGUAUGUACGCAGCGCUUCCAGCUGAUUAUGGCACAGUCGGUCGUACCGGCUCACGGGGAAAAUCUUUGGAGAGCUUAGAAGACGCGCCUCUUGGUUAUCCUCCAUCGCCCGCUCCAACAUCGCAUCCGCAACCCUUUGAUUGGCGUCCACGCAGUUUCGAGGAUGGCGAUCUUACACCUACGAAUGACGCUUCCGCUGUAGACACCGGUGGCGGCGGCGGUACUCUUCCACGACCAAGACAUUGCCUUGUUCGCCCGCGACCUGUAGCUAAGGUCACUGCAACACCAGGACAAUACAAAUCUCUGCCAAGAGAUUUGGAUAACAAGUAUCAAUUAACUUACGGGCUGGAGAGUAGUCCGCACCUUCCAAAACGAUGUCCUCCGUCGCCUCCGAGACGGCAGAGUUCCAGAGACGCAACUAGUUCUUCCAUAGUAGGCGUAGGUACAGCGAUCGGCGAUGUCGUGAUAGACUGUAGCGGACCGGUACCGACCGCUUCCUGCGACGAUCAUCAUAUACAUCAGCAUCAUCUUCAGCAUCACCAUUUGCUUCAUCACCCACCGCCGCCACCACCGGCACCCACGCCUGCGCCUUCUACACCGCCGCAACUGAAUCGACCGCCUUCCUCCAUGUCACGUUCAUGGGGUAGCGUCAGCGUCAACGUUAACGAGGAACACGAGUUAAUCGCUACUCUUGCUCUGCAGCAUCGCAAUGGAUCGGAUGCUAGUUUUAAGUCAAGUUCCAGUACAGAAUCAGACUCAUUGCCGUUUGCCAAUGAGAAUGCCGGCACGAUAAAGCAAAGGGCUGGCCGAGCGCAAGAAUACGUACCGGUUGGACCGAAUACCAGUAUCGGCGGACACGUAAUCAAUCAUCAUUCCAGUGGCGGCGAACCCGCGGACGUUCUCAACGACAUUGGGAAUAUGCUUGCCAAUCUCACGGAUGAACUCGAUGCGAUGCUUGAAGAGGAGAAACGCCAGGGCCUCAACUCAUAAUCACUGCCUUCGUUUUCUAAUUGACCAGAGUUGCCAUAAGGAACGUAAGCUUGGCUCCAUUGUCACUGAUACGCGAGAUAAGAUAUUUGUUUAGUGCAGGGUACGUGCUUGGACACGAGUAAAUUCACAUGCAAUUUCACGAAGAGGAAUCCAUGAAAGGAAUCCACGAAUCGCGUCGAGAGAUUCGAAAAUCUCUUAUCCUAUAAGAAUGUUAAAGACAGAAAUAUUUACCGAUACAUAUAUAUAGACAUAUAUUAUACUUUUUUUGUUGCAUUUUAUUUCUGGAGAAAUGAGAGUGACGUAUUAUAUCGCUCUAAAUCGAAUAGUGAUAUUCGGUUUUGUACUGUACAGAUUAAUGCAUAUGUAAAACAUAUUUUCGCGAUGAUUUGUACUUUGCUUCGAUCAUAGUUUCCUUCAUCGUCUCUUCAUUCGGGAGGGAAAAGCGCUUUACUUUUACAUGUAAACAUCGGAGAAAGUUCCAGCAAGUUUCCAGACGCAGCUACGAUAAUAUCGCACAAUCCUUAAGUGUUUUCUACUUCUAUUGAAGUAGUUGUAGUUUACAUUUUUUGUUAUUCCUUUUUUUUAUAAUGGACAAUAUUAGAAAUGAGUGAUAAUGUAGAACAUAUCACUCUAUUCUAUCUGAUAAAUUAGCGCGACGAUCUUCAAGAAGACGAUAUAUGAGAUUACUGAUGAUAAAAGGGGAGAGGAAUACAUUUUUUAAGAGUACAGAUAUAUUGAAUGUAUAAUCAUGAUUUGUAUACAAGCAUGUUGCGCAAACAAUUUGAAAAAGAUAUAUGCAUCUUCCAUAUAAAAAAAACCAUCUUACAGUUUGUAAUUAUAACACGUACAAAAAAGUAGACCUUUUUUCUAGGAAUUUGAUUUUUGUCAAUACAUUCCAGCAGAGAUUUUUCCAUUUCCGUCCUUCAUUAAAUCAAUAGUAGUCGAAAUUUUUUAUUCAUAGCUUACUCAGUUAUCAAAUCAUGUGUUUCACGUUUCAUCGUUCAAGUGAAACAACUCCGAAUGUCAAAGAGAAAAAUAUAGAGAUUGUUAUAACGAUAAAAAAAAUAAUUAACAAUCUUAAUUAUAAUGUAAUCUAAUUUUUUAAAAAGAUUAGAAGACAUAGACAAAUGCUUUUUUUCAAGAGAGUUCUAUAAGAAAUACAAGUAUUGCAGAUAGAAUUUCAAGGCGGUAUGGUUUAGUUCAGAAAUAUAAGUAAAUGUAUGCUAAUUAACAUUUUAUAUUUAUUAUCCGUACUAACGAAUGUAGAAACGUAUUACAUAACUUAUUAAUUGUAUGGUACGUCCAAAUGUGCAGAUGAAGCACUUGGAAAGUAUUCAUAUGUAUUAAAUCAAAGUAAAAUUGUAACUGCAGAGACACGUUUUCGAAUGUCUUUGCUGUGUUUGAGGAUCUGUGUUUCUGAUAUGUUUUCAGAUCUGGAUGUAGCAUUUUGCAAGAAAUUUUUAUAAGAUAUCUUAUGAUGUACGCGAUUGGGAAUAAUUUACUUCUGUGAAGUUGUCCCCCCAUUCUUUAAAUUUUCUAAAAAUAAUUAAAGUUCUGGAUGUCCUCCGAAAAAAAGUUCUAGAAUAAUCUAUUAGCUUUGAAAAUUUAAAGAAUAAGGGACCAACUUUAUAGAGGUGAAUAAUUAUACAAGAAACAUUUUUUCAUCUACCUUCGCAAUAAUAAUAAUGCUCUCGUAAUAAUGCAAACAGAAAUUUAAACUAAGAAUUCCUCGAAACGACAUAACAGGAAUAUUGUUGACUUUUAAUAUUUCAAGAUAAGCUAAAAAAAUAUUUUGUGCUAUAUAGUUUUAUUUAAGAAUACUUAUACCGAUAAGUCGAUAUAGUUACAUGCUUUGAUAUGUAUUAUUAAUACUCGCCGCGCGGAAAGUCUAUAUGUCUCUAUUCCCAUUUUAAACGAUCACUUUACGUACCAAUUUGAAUGAUAAAUAAUGCAAAAUGCAAGUAAUUUACGAUCAAAUAUAUAAUUAUUACAUCUCCUUUCCCCUAUGUGCGACACAUUUUUAACUCUAAAGAGGGGUCACGCAUUAUUCAUAAUCGGAUCCAAUCGCGUUCCAUAGAUAAAGAAUACAGAGCAUAUAUGGAAUUUUAAGAUACACUUAAAUCUAGAAUUAAUUUAUGAAGAAUAAAAGCUGCUGAAUGCAGAGAA